CACCAACAUCCGGUACCAGUAAAAGGACAAAUUACUGAAUGAAACUGUUGAACAAUAGCUCUUGUGAUGAUUAAAGCUUAAAGCCCGUGUCGUCAAAACUGAAAGAAGCAGUUUAGUUAACUCAGUGAACAAGCAGCUGGGAGAGUUCUUUCAGACAACAGUAGGAGCAAGUCAAAGUCGUUUCACGCUGCCUGUACUGUUAAACAUAUUAUAGAACAUCCCGCGAAAAACCCUUUCACGACCACACCACCCUAUCCAACAGUAGGAGUCCCAUGUGCUACCUGCUGGAGACACCAGUUUUCAAACAAAAAAAAAACUAAGGUACUUUAAAGUCUGUAAUAAAAAUCCUUGACGUUUAGUCUAGUUGUGUACAGCUUUUCUAUUUUUAAAAUGGUGGUUAUAUAAUAUGAGGUAGACGAAGGAUUGCAAAUUAAGAUUCUGCACUGCAACAUUUUACAUGAACGAAAUAAAGGUUUUUGCAUGCAUAAACUAUUCAGAGCAAUCGUUCUCAAAGUUGAAGGGUAAAGUCUGUUUUUUGUUUGUUUGUUUUUGUUUUUUUUUUUUUGUUUUUUGUUGUAUUCCAUUUCUUUCCUUGUCUAAAGGAAAGAAGAGAAAAACUUGCCAUAGGAGUCUUUUGUCCGAGCUCGCAUGCGUGUUGGAUCACGUGUUCAGCUUGUGGCGGAAACAGAAAAAAGAUGUUGUCACCUGUAAACAAGUCGUGAUCUUGUUAGUUGAUCAACACUCACGAGACACUCAGGUCCUGGUGAAAAAUGUUACAUCCAUUCACUCUUCUCACUUAAAAAUACUGUAGUGGCAGAUGAAGUUGAUGUUGACACUUCUGCUAAUUGUACAGUUUAGUCAAAGCACAGGUGAAGAGUUGUCAAAUCGGCAUCAAACUAGCAAAUAAAUGGGUAGAAAACUGAAAUGCCUGACGGUGUUUGCUGGGAUACUAGUCCUUGUCUUCCGGUCAACAUCCUGCCAAGAUCAGCGGACAGUUAUUCCUGGUGACGUCAUUUUUGGCGGCCUCUUUGAUGUCAAUGAGCUGGAAAAUGGCGCCUGCGGUAAAUUCAUUCCAGAAUCGGUCCAGGCAGUCGUCGCAGUCACGUGGUUUCUACAAUCCCUCAACAACAGGAACUACAUUCCUGGCUUCAAGAUAGGUUUCGACGUUUUCCGGACAUGCUCAAGUUCUGAAAGAUCGGUAGAUGGAGCUUUGAAACUUAUGAACGACUACAGAGUUGGAGAUGCUGCUAGUUCCACUACAGUUUUGUUUGGGUUGCUAGGACCAGAAAGGACAGAAGAUGUAAAACCUGUUUCAAGAUGGCUGAGUUCUCUUCCUCACAACAAGCGACUCUUGCAGAUCAGUGGCUCAGCCACGGGUAUGGAGCUUAGCAACAACGAUCUCUACCCCAACUUCUUUCGAGUGGUUCCAUCCGACAGCACCCAAGUCAAGGUGCUGGAAGAGCUACUAGUUCAGCUAGGAUGGAAUUAUAUUGCAAUUGCCUACGACAGCUAUGGAAGUUCUGUAGCAAAAGAACUAUGGCGACUUGUAAAGGAAAAGAGGAUUUGUGUACCCAUAUAUGCAGAACUGCCUGACACAUCAUUUGACAAGGUGGCCCUGGAAAUUGUUGGAAAUUUGUCAAGUCCUCAGAAUGGCCUAGUAAGCGGCAUCGUUAUUGUGGCAAGCUCCUCCAGUCUGCGCAGGCUGAUAGAGAAGCUGGGUGACUGCAAGCAUGACGUCAGCCUUGUCCUCGGGGAAGCUGUGGGGCUUCAGCAGACAAAUUUACAAUCCACCCCGGGUACAAUCGUGUCCAUCGCACGUGGGGCGCUCGUGACGUCACCUCCUUAUUUCCCAUUGCCCGAAUUUCAGUCAUUUUGGAACGACCUUUGGACAAAUCAAACACUUUUCAAUGAUUAUGCAAGAAGAAUUCCUUGGCUGGAGGGAUUGUUUCAGCAGGUGGCUCAGUGUGACUUCAGACUGUCUGACUGCUGGGAUAGGAGAAGGCAGGAUGUCUACAGCGUGGAGAAGACUGUGAGUCUGUACACGGGGUAUCACUUGAAAGCAGUAGCAGUCCUGGCAGCUUUCUUGAAGCAACACACGGCAAGGUGUUCAGGUUCAAAUACCUCCUUGUGCCAAGAUUUGAUCAAACUGAAAUCAGAUCGUACCUCCCUAAUGCAAACCCUAAAUUACUCAGUCAUUGCACUCAGCGAGUUCAGGUCAGAGAUUUCUGAAUUUGGGAAUGCGACAGUCGCAUUUGAUGAAAAGGGAGACCUCAGACUGAGUGGGACCGUCAGCUACGCUGUCUACAAUUUUCAGUUAGAAAAAGAUAGAGAGUACAUCUUCAAACAGGUAGCGACAUACGCAGACGACAAACUCUCGAUCCGAGAGUCUGACACAGUCUUUUACAGUAAAGAUGAUUCACCUUUGACCUGGUCACAAAGACCGCUCGCUCAGUGUGACGUCAACCACGACUGUCUUCAGUGCGUCGAUGACGUGUCUAAGGACGUCCUCUUCAUCAAAGGAGAUUUUUAUGUGGUUGGCAUUCUGCCCAUACACGAGAAAAACCUCUCCUCAUCUCUGACAUGCGGGAAGAUCAAACCGUUCGAAGGCGCGGACUUAGCCGAGUCCUUGGUCUUUGCAGUGAAAGAAAUAAACAAAAAGGAAGGAAUGUUUGAGGACAUCUUGCCAAACCGGAGUAUUGGUCUCCUGGUGAUCAACUCUUGCAGUAGUCCUCUUCGGGUUCGUCAUCUACUAUUAGACCUGCACACUGGUCGUCUGCUCCUGCCUGACGAAAGUAAUAUGAACAGUAGUGUUAUACUUCCUAAUAUUAUGGGAUACGUAGGCUCCCUAAACAGCGGAGAGAGUAUGGCGGCUGCUGACACCCUUAAAAGUAUUGGCAGACAACAAAAUGUACAGGUGAGUGCUGCUUCCACUUCUACUUAUCUCAAAGAUAGAGGCGUCUACCCCUUCUUCGUGCGUCUGGUGCCAGCAAAUGACAUACAGGCAAAGAUCCUACUGGACGUGGCCAUGAAGCUGAACUCUACUUACAUCCAGAUCAUCUACGACCAAACGUUGGAGUAUGCAAAGGGACUUGUGCAUGAGGUGGAAGAAGCGCUGAAACAGAAGUUCACCGAAAUCUGCAUCGCUCAGAAAAUUGAGAUAAGUCCUGAUGUAGAUGUCAGCGCCUUUAAGAAGAUCAAAGAUAAGCUGCGAGUAAAGAGUUUUGCACGGCUGGUCAUUAUCAUAUUACAAUCAACAGAAAUUUCCAGACUAAUGGACGCCAUUCUGCCUGAACUAACUGACGACGACAACUUCCUGUUCGUUGCAAGUAAUUCUUGGGGCAGACAGCAGGACCUCAUCCAAGGCAAGAUCAAAUUAGAAGGCUCGCUUGCUCUCUCUCUAGAAAAUGAGUUCGUAUCGUCCUUUGACACCUACUUCCGGUCCCUGGACCCCACACAAACAAACAAUGUUUGGCUAAGAUAUUUCUGGGAGACCAAGAAAAACUGUUACUUUGAAAAAAGUUUUGAAAGGAAAGGAAAAAAUGGACCAUGUCUGAAGAACAUAUCAGCUGAAUAUGUCAGUUCUCCCGAUCCCUCACUUCACAUUGAAGCCGUGUAUGCCCUUGUGCUUGGCUUCAACCAGUCCUUGAACCAGCAAUGUGGACCUCUUGCUCGGCAAUUGUGCGACACUUUCAGUUCUACAAAAUUCUACGAAGUCUUGAAGAAAGUUAAGCUGGACAUUAACAACACGAGCAGAAGAACGGAGGUGUUUGAUGACAACGGAGACGGGCUGGUGGGCUUCAAGAUCCUGCAGGUCACUCGCGACAGGACCGUAGAUGCAGUGGUCUACAAAGAGGUUGGGUCAGGAGAUUCUCAAUCAGUCAUCUUAAACGACAGGGAGCUAACUCUGCCUGGCGGUACGUUUUUAUCAGUCUGUCCGAAUCCAACAGAGUGCAGAGCGUGCAACAAGUCAGACCACCACAGCGACAGUACCAAUAACCUCACCUUACCGGUGAUCUCGGGAGUCAGUCUUACCUUUGCCGCCACUGUCAUCGUUCUUCUUGCCCUUGUCAUUCAUCUCUGGCGACGUGUGAAAGCAAACGAUAGGAGGGACAGGACCCUCCGGUACAAGCCAGGUGCUGGAGACUGUGACCCCAACGUGCAGAGGUCAGAUCAUGGCUCAAGCGAGGCUGAUCCAUGUGACCACUAUGAUGAUCUCGGGAACAUGGAAUGUCACCUCAGUGAUGGUGUCUUGAAUCGUGAUGCUGACGAUAAAAUUGCAUGUCAUUCCAGGAUGAGUUAUUCACCACCGGCAGCAUGUAACAGAGUGCAGAAAAGACGAACUGAAUACAUUACGCCAAGUCAGUAGAUUAUAAAGACCGAGAUACGUAUUUUUUUAUUUUUUUGUUAUCCCCUAAAACCGGUUAAAGGUAUGAAAUACCACAGCCUAGUAGCCUAUGGAAGGUGAAGGAGAGUAGUUCACAGUGGAUAGGGAAAAACACGUGGAAGAUGUAGUCCAACCUU